AUGCGCGUAUUCAACUUCCUAGGCUUGCUGCCCAUGGUUCUUGCGAACCCUUUGAUUCAGAAGCGUACGACAGCAUGCAAUAACUCUCCUGAUCUCUGCUCCAAGUCCUAUGGAGAAAUUACACAUCUCGGCGCUCAUGACAGUCCCUUCGUGCGUGACGAUACCACUGGCAACUCGAUAGCUGCCAACCAGUACUAUGACACCCCAACACAACUAUCAGCCGGUGUUCGAUUAGUAACAGCCCAAGUCCACAAGAGCAACUCACAAUGGCGUCUAUGUCAUUCCACCUGCGACCUGCUCGAUGCCGGGUUGCUGAGCGACUGGCUGAAGAAGAUCAAGACGUGGCUGGAUGACAAUCCAAACGAGGUGGUCACGAUCCUCCUAGUCAACUCCGACGACGCCACAGCCUCCGAUCUCAACACCGAAUUCACAACCGCCAACAUCACCGACUACGCAUACGAGCCAACCUCCCCCGGCACCGCCCCAACUACAUGGCCAACCCUACAAACCAUGAUCGACGACGGCAAGCGACUAGUCGUCUUUGUGGCCUCCUUAGACACCAGUGCCAGCUACCCCUACCUAAUGAACGAAUGGAGCUACAUCUGGGAGAAUAAAUACGACACAAGCUCCGCGUCGAACUUCACAUGUGAUCCGGACCGACCAUCGGCAUACAAAGACAACAGCGCGUCUGCGCUUGCAGCCAACCUCCUCCCACUGAUGAACCACUUCCUGUACUCGAGCAACCUUGCGAUCCUGGAUGUCGAGUACCCAAAUGCCAGCUACGUGGGGACGACGAAUGCCGCGUCUGGCGGAACUGGCAACCUGGGUACUGCGGCGGUAAACUGCAAGAAGGAGUGGAAUGGGCGGCAGCCGACCUAUAUCAUGGUGGACUUCUUCAAUCGCGGUCCGGCGAUUGAUACCGUCGAUAACUUGAAUAAUGUUACCAAUGCGGUUGGCCGCAAGUCCGUCUCAACUUCUGCGGAUUCGACUAGCGAUGCCUCGUCGACGAGCAAUGUGUUCAAGGCGCUGGUUGAGUUGGCGGAAUCGGCUAGAUCGGGUACGCCGGUGUCUAUGGGAAACUGGAUUUGGACUGGUGGAAACUGGGGGAAUCUUCUUGGUGGGGGGAUUUCCUUCUGA